AUGCCAACAUUGUUACAGGCAACCUUCAUGCCCGAACAAAACAUAGAAGGAGUCUGGGUGGAUGGACUUCAACGGAUGGUGCAGAACUCCAUGAAGGCCGAUCCAGCUUCCAAAGGGGAUGCAUCAGAUGCUGCUGCAAUAUUUGUGAGCCAAAUCAAGAAUACAUAUCUUCAAUUGAUGGGUGAGGAAGAGGGCAAAGAAAGUCAGGAAGGGUACGAAUGGCACUUGUCUUGCUCUGUUAUUCAGAGGAAAGUGGACACCGAUGCCACUUUUACCACUAUGCCGCAUUGUAUUGGACACCAUUCCCUGUACUGGGAUGGAAAUGAAAACAAGCCCGAUUGGGCUUUCUUCGUCAAGAUGCCUCUCCAUCAGCAUGGUGUUUGGAGUCAUUACUACACCAAUACAAACGAUAUUAUCGGUAAUCUUGUUUUCGGUUCUCAUGGAUCUGCCGUCUUUGGUCCUCUUUCCAUGUGUCACAUGGCUGGACACAUCACCCAUAUUGAGGGGAACCCGUACUUGUUUUUCACGGUGCUCUCAGCAUGCAAGAAGAAGAAGAAGAGCACUACGGCAGGUGAAGACGGUGAGAGCCAUCGGACUCUGAUGACAAAGGCGCUGAAGACGCCGAAACAGACAUCAAAGCCAAGUUCGAAUAAUGGAAGAAGAAACUUGUACGGGACUAUCCGCACCUGCGUCACACCAGCAUUGAGGCUCACCUCAAACUGA